AUGAGGCGGGUUUGUGCUUUUUGUUCGCCCAAAAGUGAGCUUUCGGUGGUGCUUUUAGUGUUAGUUGUAAGCGCGGUCACCUUCACGUACGCCACCAGCGAAUGUGUCCUGCCGGAACGGUGUCAAGUGCGAGUAGCUUGUGGUGUUGAGCCACGUGUCCAUCAGCAAUUCACGCACUGUCUAACCUCCGAUGGGUUAGAAGGAGUCUGUUGCCGGCCAAUGGCCGAACUCGAACGACCCAAGCGUUCGUUACCACCGGAACUGACGGAGGAGCUGUUCGCUAAUGCCGUCGGUGAGGGUCAUCGGAUUUAUACGCGCAAACUGGCCACCAUUGACCAGCACCGAGCGGUCAUGACGGCGGAUUCGACAGAUUCGUUGGUGCGAAAGUUUCACGGCCCACACUUCCAAGGAUCGCUGGCACCAGCGGCACAGGAACAGGAAGCAUACGAAGACGUGUUCGUAGCGCGAUCGUUCGCUGAUGCCCUUAAUCUGACGGUUGAUGAGCGGCUCGAGCUGAGUUUGGGUGUAAACCGACCCAAACGCUGCCUUCCACCGAGAUCGUGUGAUGCAAAUGCGAGGUACCGAACGCACGAUGGAUCCUGCAACAACCCAGUGCCGGCUCGCAGCUCCUGGGGUGCGGCUGGAUAUCCUUUCGAGCGGUUGCUUCCUCCAGCGUACGAGGAUGGUGUGUGGGCACCGAGAUUACAUUCCCACGUGACCGGACGUCCUUUGGCUAGCCCACGCGCUAUUUCGGUGGCCGUUUUUCCGGAUCGCGAUCGGCGCGAUCCUCGAUUCAACCUGCUGCUGAUGCAGUUCGGGCAGUUCAUGUCACACGAUUUCACGCGCAGUGCUAGCGUUCGGAUGGGCAAGUCAGAGAUUCAGUGCUGCACCAGCGAUCAUUCAGGAGCGUUACGUGGCGAUCAAGCACACUUCGCUUGUCUGCCGAUAGAGGUCAGCCCAAAUGAUCCGUUUUACUCGCGCUUCGGGAUCCGGUGUCUCAACUUCGUUCGACUAGCGCUCGCUCGAGACGGUAAGUGCCGGUUAGGCUACGGAAAGCAGUUGAACAGGAUCACGCACUUCAUCGACGGUUCGACCGUGUACGGUUCGAGUGAUGCUCAGGCCGCCGUGCUGCGAACGUUCUCCGCGGGCCGGUUAAGGAGUAGUUUUCCCACCGGUGAGGAGUUACUUCCGUUCACCCAGAACCGGGCCUCCUGUGAACCAUGGGCCGAAGCGUGCUUCCGGGCUGGGGAUGAUCGCGCAAACCAGAUCGUUUCACUGACGGAAGUGCACACGCUGUUCCUGCGCGAGCACAACCGGGUUGCGUUUCGAUUGGCGUCGCUUAACGCGCACUGGGAUGACGAACGUGUGUACCAGGAAGCACGCCGUGUUGUCGGAGCCGUGCUACAGAAGCUGUUCUACAACGAGUACCUGCCGGCGGUCGUAGGAGUUCAUAAGGCGCGUCAGUACGGACUGCUUGACCGGUUCGUAGGCCACACGGAUCUGUACAACGCGGAUGUGCGACCGUUUGUUUUUAACGAGCUUUCUGGGGCCGCGUUUCGCUUUGGACACUCCACCGUGGAUGGAGCUUUUGUGAUUCAACACCGUCACCGACGUUCGGAACUGGUGCCCAUUCAGGAGGUUUUCCUCAACCCAUCGCGCAUGCUGCAGAGAUCGUUUUUCGACGAUUUUCUCUUCUCACUCAUGGACCAACCGCAGCAACAACUGGAUGACUCCAUCACGAUCGGGUUGACGAGGCUGCUAUUCGCGGGUCGCAACCCAUUCGGAUCGGAUCUGGCCUCACUGAAUAUCCAGCGUGGUCGCGAUCACGCACUGCGUCCUUACAACGACUAUCGCGCCUGGGCCGGACUUCCGAGGAUCACCGGGUUCGAGCAGUUCGGUGCCGUUGGAGCACGGUUGGCCAGUGUGUACGAUUCACCGGAGGAUGUCGACCUGUGGGUGGGUGGAUUGCUCGAACCUCCCUCGCAAGAUGGCGCGCUGUUUGGAGAAACGUUUGCCAGCAUCCUGAGCGAGCAGUUUGCUCGGUUGAAGUUUGGCGAUCGUUACUACUACACGAACGGGCCGCGGAACAACCCUGGAUUUUUCACCGAGCAACAGUUGGGCGAGCUGAGCCGGGUGACUUUUGCGUCCGUCAUCUGUGCCAAUGUCGACCAGCCAGAGGGCUUUUCGGUACCGCAGAAUGUGUUUAGGCACCCGAGCGAACAUAACCCACCCGUUCCGUGCACGUCGUUGCCUGUGCUUGAUCUCGCUGCUUGGAGUAGCGAUCAUUAG